UCCCCUCCGACAUGACUCGCCAUGGAGUCGAAGCGACGCUGCUCAGGAGUUUGGAGCCGGGGCAGCGGGCAGCGGUUCCCUGCGAGGGGACGACGACAGCCGGCGCCCAGCCGCGGGCGGGCAGGUGUAGACAGUAUUGGGCUCUUCAACACCCUGCCUGACCCCCGCCUCAGAUGGAGGCAUCGCUCGGAGGAAGUGGGGAAGUGUCUCUGGGACGGUAGCCAAAGAGAAGUGAUACAUUUCAAGGCUGGCCCGACCACCACCCCCCGGCGGGGCAGUCUUCCCUGCAGCUUUGUUGUGUUUUCGAUCCAGGAGAGUGUGGGCUGCUGCUGGCAGCUACAAGAUGAAGUCGCCUCCCUGCUGCAUGUCUCUUUCUUCUCAAGCAUCCCUGGAGGAACCAGGGAGUAGCACAUCCCUGGGCUCCCUGGACUGCAGUGUUUUCUCCAGUGAGGAAGAGCAGGGGCCUCUGCUACAGAAGGUCAUUCCCUCCUUGGACUGCUUUACCAUCAAUGUAGGAGGGAGCCGCUUUGUGAUGUCCCAGCAAACUUUGUCUUGCUACCCUGACACCCGUCUUGGCAAACUGGCUGUAGUGGUCUCUGCAGCACGAGAUGUGGCCUCUGGUCUCCUUGAUCUUUGUGAUGAUGCCAACCUCGUGGAGAAUGAAUACUUUUUUGACCGAAGCUCACAAGCGUUUCACUACAUCCUGAAUUACUACCAGACUGGGAGGCUGCAUGUGAUGGAGCAGCUUUGUGCACUGUCUUUCCUGCAAGAGAUCCAGUACUGGGGUUUGGAUGAGCUCAGCAUUGAUUCCUGCUGCAGAGACCGGUACUUCAGGAGGAAGGAGCUGAGUGAAGCCUUGGACAUCAAGAAAGACGCGGAAGAACUGGAUGCCCAAGAGGAAGAAGAGGACUUUUCUGGUAGCCUCUGUCCCAGUGUCAGACAGAAACUUUGGGAAGUUUUGGAAAAGCCUGGCUCCUCUGCAGCAGCCAGGACUUUUGGCACUCUGUCCAUGGCUUUUGUUGUUGUGUCCAUUGCCAACAUGGCUUUGAUUUCAGUAGAGCUAAGCUGGCUGGCACCGCCACUGCUGGAUGCCCUAGAGUAUCUGUGCAUUGCUUGGUUCACCGUGGAGUUUGUUCUGAGGUUCCUCUGUGCACGGGAUCGGUGUCGCUUCCUAAGGAACGUGGCAAAUAUCAUAGACCUCCUUGCUAUUUUGCCUUUCUACAUCACCCUGCUGGUGGAGAGUCUGUGUGGUGGGGAGAGCUCCCAAGAACUGGAGAACGUGGGGCGCAUUGUCCAAGUCUUGAGAUUGCUCAGAGCCCUGCGGAUGUUGAAGUUGGGAAGACAUUCAACAGGCUUGCGGUCUCUUGGGAUGACUAUUGCACAGUGCUACGAGGAGGUUGGCCUUCUGCUGCUUUUCCUCUCUGUAGGAAUCUCUAUAUUUUCCACGGUGGAGUACUUUGUUGAACAAGGUGUGCCAGGCACAACUUUCACCAGUGUACCUGGUGCUUGGUGGUGGGCAACAACUUCCAUGACAACUGUUGGUUAUGGUGACAUUAGACCAGACACUACCAUCGGUAAGGUAGUGGCCUUUAUGUGUAUACUGUCAGGAAUACUGGUUUUGGCUUUGCCUAUAGCUAUAAUAAAUGACCGCUUUUCUGCCUGUUACUUUACACUGAAGAUAAAAGAAGCUGCCCUUCGGCAACGUGAGGCUCUAAAGAAACUCACCAAGAACUCAUCCAGCGAUUCAAAUAUCAACGUCAACUUGCGAGACAUUUAUGCACGCAGCGUCAUGGACAUGCUGCGGCUAAAAAGCAGAGAGAGAGCGAGUACAAGGAGUAGUGGAGCAGAUGAUUUUUGGUUUUGACUUUGAAGUUAUUUAGCCUUGUAUAGCAAGUAGAUGACUUCAAAAAUGUGGUAUUAAGCAUCUCUUUUUUUUUAAUUAUUUGCCAGAGUGUGUUUGCUCUUCCAGCUGGAGUUUUACUUUCUUGGACAGACUGAGAUAAGUCCUUUAAACAAAAGGCAGAAUUCAUAAUAUGGAUUUUCUCGAGGAGCCUUAAAACCUGUUCCAGAACUGAAUUGUGAUGGGUGAGAAGGGAAAUAAUGGGUCCAUCAAAGUAAAACAAUGAUACAAACACUUGUCCAUGAGUCUCGUGUCUUUGCUAAUAUAUAAUAAUAAAGUC